GGCGGGAGCGCCAGGGGACUCAGAGCACGUUUGUGACGAGCGACAUGGCGCUGGAUCAAUCAAAUCGAGGGUGUUCUGGUACCAGGCGGUGCCUUGAUGCCUUCACCAUCGCCCUGAACCAGACGACUGCUAAAACAUACAAUCAAGGACCCCGCCCAGGAAUCGUUGUCACAGGCGGUGAGACAUGAUAUACGUCGACGAAGCAACUCCAGCUGGCCUCGUUGCAGCUCUGCAUUUCAUGUCGAAGCGUGCCGAGUUUGCACGUGAGAGUGGACCGCUCCACGCCUACUCCCCUGUGGGCCCGUCCUCCCGAGAGGGAGACUCGCCGAGCGAAGCAGCGGCGUGUCGGUCGUGUGCCUAUCGUUCAGGCCCGCGUGGUGUGACGUGGAAGCUCUCAUCUCACAGGCUUGGUCUGAGCGGGGAGGGUGUUACUUCGGCGCAAUGCUUCAUAUUUGGCGACCAAGGGGUCGACCAGAUGGGAGGCAUGAGGUGGCCACCGGCGAUCCAGACGUUGAUGUUUGCAUAUGGUCUAGGUUUGGAUCAGGCCGUAUGGCCGGCGUCUCUACGAUUUCUGACGCUUGGAGGCUUAUCCAACCAAUCCUCGCACCGGCUGGUGUUGCCAUCAUCGUUGCAAGUGUUGACUUUUCUCGGUGCAGUGCAUCACCCUCUGAACCAGUUCUCGUGGCCAGCAUCACUGGAACUGAUCAUGUUUGUCAGGAACAUCAGGAACGAGUCCCUUGACAGCGUAGUGUGGCCCGCCUCACUCAACACUCUAUAUUUGGGCGGGGGUUUUAACCAGCCACCUCAUGGGGUGACAUUCCCCCCGUCACUUGCCACGCUUGGAUUGGGUGAUUCCUUCAACCAGUCACUAGUCGGUGUGAGGUGGCCCGCGUCGCUCAAAGUGAUCUCGUUGGGGCCGGUGGACGGGAUAUCGUUGCCAGCAUCGUCGCAAGAGCUAGAUUUGGGGUAUGAAUUCAACCUGCCUCUCAACAACGUGGAAUGGCCGGCGUCGCUGCGAAAGCUGGACUUUGAAGGCUUCAACCAGCCGGUAGGCGGAAUAACGUGGCCAGUGGCACCGCCGGAGCUACCGUUUGAGCUUAACUUCAACCAGCGGAUAGACAAUGUCAUCUGGCCUCCGAUCCUUCAACAGCUUGUCUUCGGGUGGGAAUUCAACCAGCCGAUAGACAGGGUUACCAUUCCACCUUCACUGCGACGGCUGGAGUUUGGGGGACGCCUCAACCGGUCGAUAGCCCACACAGCGUGGCCAGCGUUGCUGCGAAAGCUUGUUUUCGGGCGAGACUUCAACCAGCCGAUAGCCGCAGUCGUGUGGCCAGUAUCGCUGCAGGAGAAGACGUUUGGCAGCCAAUUUGAGCUAGUGCAGGACCAAGUCUCAUGGCCAGCCAUCUCGCGGUGGCUUACGAUCCCUAACCGCCCUAAUUUUUGUUGGCAUGAUAUUAAGAAGUCUCGCAGGAGCUGGUUGGGUAGCUUGACCUGGAACCGAGCGCUCACAUAA